AUGUUUGCUCUGAAAGCUGACCUGAAGAGUCAUGUGACUCUCUUCAAGGAGAGACUUAGCGAAUGCCGCUUCUGCAGAAAACGCUACAAUUCCACCUGUAAAGUGACGGCCCAUGUCCGACUCUGUCACGGAGAGAAACCAUUUAGCUGUGAAAAGCUUCAUUCAGAAGGGGACUGUGGGAAAAGCUUCAUUCAGAAGGGGAACCUUAGGAGCCAUAAACUGACUCACACAGGAGAGAAACCAUUUAGCUGUGAUGACUGUGGGAAAAGCUUCAUUCAGAAGGGGAACCUUAGGAGCCAUAAACUGACUCUCACAGGAGAGAAACCAUUUAGCUGUGCUGACUGUGGGAAAAGCUUCAUUCAGAAGGGGAACCUUAGGAGCCAUAAACUGACUCUCACAGGAGAGAAACCAUUUAGCUGUGAUGACUGUGGGAAAAGCUUCAUUCAGAAGGGGAACCUUAGGAGCCAUAAACUGACUCACACAGGAGAGAAACCAUUUAGCUGUGAUGACUGUGGGAAAAGCUUCAUUCAGAAGGGGAACCUUAGGAGCCAUAAACUGACUCUCACAGGAGAGAAACCAUUUAGCUGUGCUGACUGUGGGAAAAGCUUCAUUCAGAAGGGGGGAACCUUCACAGGAGAUAAACCAUUUAAACUGAGCUUCAUUCAGAAGGGGAACCUUAGGAGCCAUAAACUGACUCACACAGGAGAGAAACCAUUUAGCUGUGAUGACUGUGGGAAAAGCUUCAUUCAGAAGGGGAACCUUAGGAGCCAUAAACUGACUCUCACAGGAGAGAAACCAUUUAGCUGUGCUGACUGUGGGAAAAGCUUCAAUCAAAAGUCUAACUUACUGACACAUGUUAAAAACAUCCACAAAGGAGGAAAACAGGAUAAGCUGAAGGAAAGAACAUUUAUGACAAAGAUCUAUUUAGUUACAAAAUGAGAAUAAAAAGUCAGGAUGUGGACAAUAUUCUGAGUACACGCAGAAUAUUAUUAAUUAUAUAUAUUUUUUUCUCCAUUGAACCUUUAUUUAACUUGGCAAGUCA